AUAUUCUGUUUCUGUUGUUUAUGUUUUGAUCGUAGCUCAAGAUCAUUUUUAGGGAGUGUAGGUGUCAAUGAUUGGAGUCAUGUGUCUGCAAUCCUCAAAGCACACGAAAAUGUUUCAAGUCACAUGUUGGCUUAUCAGUCAUGGAUAGAAACUGAAAAAAGACUUAAUUCUGGAAAAACAAUUGAUAGAGUAGAACAACUGUUAAUUGUGAAAGAAUCAGAGCGUUGGUCAAACGUUUUGAAUAGAUUGAUGAAUAUAAUUCUGUAUCUUGCAGAAAAUAAUAUAGCAUUUCGUGGUUCUUCGGAUAAAUUGUAUACCAAAAACAAUGGAAAAUACUUGGGUCUUAUUCAGUUAUUGGCAAAAUUUGAUCCUGUUAUGCAAGAACAUGUUGGUCGUAUUUUGAAAGAUGAACUGUCAGUUCAUUACUGUGUUAGUUGUUGGCAGAUUUUGAAUGACCAUGUAAUUUCUUUUACUCUAAAAAGACCUAGCGACACACGUUGGGAGGCUAAAAUUUCCAGUGUGAAAGCGGUUCGAUACCAAGUUGCAGAUAUUCAUGAUGCACUUAUUUCUCUUUCUGAAAAAGAGGAAAAACAUGACCAUGAAAUUGCACAUGAAGCAAUUACUUUAUCUUGUCAGCUGAAAGAUUUUAGUCAUCUUGUUUCGUUGGUGAUUUGGUACGAUAUACUUUUUCAAGUAAAUGUAGUCAGUAAAUCGAUGCAGAGUCAGAGUAUGGAUGUAAUAAAAACCGUGGAAUUAAUACACGGUUGUAUCAAGUUUUUGGAAGAAUAUAAAAAAAAUGGCUUUGAGAAUGCUAUAUCAAGUGCCAAAGAGCUUGCAAAAGUUCUUGAAGGUGUCCCUGAAUUUCAAGCAACAAAAAGAAUACGUUAUGUGAAACGACAUUUUGAUUAUGAGAGUAGAGAUGAUCAAAUUGCUACAACACCUAAGAAACAAUUUGAAGUUGAAUUUUUUAUUACAUUGCUUGACGUAGCUAUUAUGUCCGUUCGAGAGAGAUUUCAGCAACUUAAUCAGCAUGCUGAAACAUGGGGUUUCCUUUACAAGAUAACUGAAUUACCAAAUAGAGAGCAGCUUGAAAAGCACUGCAGUGAUCUCCAGCUUGCUCUGACUACUGGUGAGGAUGCAGAUAUUGAAGGUGGUCCUCUAUGUGAUGAACUGAUCAGUAUCCAGAAGUUUGUAGAAAACAUGGCAAUGCCAACUCCACUCAACAUACUGAAUUUUAUCAAAACAUCAAAGCUAGAAGAUCUAUAUACAAAUACAUGGGUUUCUUUGAGAAUCUUAUUAACAACACCAGUUUCUGUGGCUAGUGGAGAGAGAAGCUUCUCAAAAUUGAAAUUAAUAAAAACUUAUCUGCGAUCCUCUAUGUCUCAAGAAAUGUUGAGUUCGUUAGCAACCCUUUCGAUUGAAAAUGAUGUAUCUCAAAACAUAGAUUUUUCAGAAUUUAUCAAAAGUUUUGCUAAUAAAAAAAUCAAGAAAAGUCGUUUUUUCUUGAGGAUGAAUAUUUUCUAUAUAAUUUUUUUUUUUAACUCAAUAUUCCUAUAUUGGAUAAUCUUGAGUGUUGGAGUCUUUAAUGGAUCUAUGCCCAGAGCAGUCUCUUCUUUUUUUGUCUACUCAGGCUGUUGCCAUUGCAACACAAUUAGAAACAUGGACAUCUCUACCCAUGUCCCUUAUGGGGACUAUGUUUUACUAAAAAGUAUUAUUUUCCCCAAACUUUCCUAUCUUAUCCAGAUGCUACCAUACGCUUUGACGAAACCAGACAUCAGACACUGUGAGAAACUUUUUACCAAAUUUCUAUGGUCAGGCAAGAAACCUCGUGUGGCCCUGGCCAAACUUAAACUUCGCAAAAAACCUUAUUUAUAUUGGGACAUCCUCUCUGGAUUUGAAUCAAAGCUUUGGGCAUCGACUGUUAAGGCCUGGAAGAUGGAUAACCUCUCCCCUAUAUCACACAAACUACUGACAGAUAAUUUCUCUGCUAUCCUCAAAGUGCUCCACUCGACACAGCUUCAGGAGACACAUAUUAAAUUCACACAUAGAGACUACAUCACACCUGGCCAACGAAAACAUAUGGUUCCUGCUGAAUCUGGUCAUUGUCUAAAGUGUGGAAUGGUCUUUUCUUACACUGUUUCUGGAACUGCCCCAAGAUUAAAAAAUUCUGGUACAAAGUCUUAUGGUUUAUUAACUCAACAUUUCAUCUUAAACUAA